UCCUCCUCCCGGCCGCCCUGCUGCUCUGCCCGGCCCGGGCACCGGAGCAGGAUCCCGGACUACGGGCCGUAGAAAGUCCCCUCGGUGUGAGACUGUUCACGGAGUUUCAGUGAGAGACUCAGCGGCAGGUUUGCACUUCUCUGCCCGUUUCCACACCGUCUCGGUCGGCGUCUGUCCCGCUGCUCUGUCCGGGUCUAAUCCCUCCACCCGCCCCGCCAUCAUCCCCACCAGCCGGCAACAAGUGGCACCGCUCGCCCGGCUCCCAACGCCGGAGGCCGGGUCACACCGGGAGCUGUCCUCCGCUGAAUCUGCUGCUGGGUGUUCGCUGGGUUCUGUGCACGGUGCGGCCCUGCUGCUCGGCGGAGUGCGGGAGGCAGCAGGAGCAGGCGGGCGGUGACACACCUGAGAGCAGAGGCUACUCGGCGCCGGCCCUUCGCUCCCGUCCCUCCAGCUGCUGUGGUUUAACAAAAAACAAAAAGUUUGGUUCAAUUUGUCGUCGUCCGCUUCAGAGGAUCUUUAAAGUUUCACCUGGAAGAAUGAGCUCCUACAAUGUGACGCUGCCCGGCCCCGGCCCCUGGGGCUUCAGGCUGCAGGGAGGGAAGGACUUCAACAUGCCGCUGACCAUCUCCAGGAUCACUCCUGGCAGCAAGGCGGCGCAGGGAAACCUUAUCCAGGGUGAUGUUAUUGUCGCCAUUGAUGGCGUUGGCACUGACGGGAUGACUCACCUGGAGGCCCAGAACAAGAUCAAGAUGGCCAACUACAACCUGGCACUCACCAUGUCCAAGUCUAAACGUCCCAUUAUGAUGCCGCCACCGAGGAUGGACGGUGUGAUUCCCAUGAUCCCUCACCAACAGCCUCAGUCAGUUCACGUCAACGGCCGCCUGUCGGCCUGCAGUCCCUCCUCCGGGCCUGCAGAGGCAGACUCCCCUGGGAGGAGAGCGGGCAGCCCCGCUCAGAGGAAGGUGUAUAACUCCCCCAUCGGCCUGUACUCAGAGGAGACUCUGAGGGAGAUGGCAGCGAUUCAGGAGGGUCGGCCCGCGGGUAGUCUCCCAGUUAAAGAUCAUCUCGUAGACAGCGCCUCUCCGGUCUAUCAGGCCGUGCAGAGCGCAGAGAGGGACCGGGACGUGGGGGAGUGGGGACAGCGCGGCUCCACCAUGCAGUCCAAGACCUUCCGGGUCCUCGCCCACAUGACAGGAACUGAGUCCUUACCAGAGGAUGAGGAGCAGGAGGCGCUGAGGAGCAGCAGCCCUACUGAGCAUGCUCCGACUUCAGCUAGCUCCGCCUCCGCGGUGCCAGCUGUGCAGCCUCUUGACCACGCCCCCUGCUCGCCUGACCCCGCCCCUCACAGUCCGUACGUUCAGCCUCCUGCCAUGCAUCAGGCUCCACAGGCCCCGCCCCCGCAGCAGUACCAGCAGAUCCCGCAGCACUACCAUCAGCCCCCCACGCAGCAGGCCCCUCCCACUCAGCAGAGCUCCAUUCAGAUCCCGCUCUGCGCCGCCCCUCCCAAGGUGGUGAGCACCGCCUGCAUCUACCCCUCCCAGCCCGCUCCACCUCCAGCUCCGGCCCCGGUUCAAGUCCCUCAGCAGCCUCGCCCUCCGGCCGCCGCCCCCGCCCCAUCCCCGGCAGCUGAUCCCAACAGACCCCCCUGGGUGACCGACAACAGCUUUGCCGACAAGUUCGACCCCAGUAAGAUGACCACCACCACCAUGAAGGUGCCGGCGCUGCCCCAGGGCGCCCCUCCUCCGCCAGCGUUCAUCCCCAAUCCCUCCCAUGCUGGACCUGUAGCUCCCAGCCCCGCCCUCAUCCCCCCCAGCCCCGCCCCUUUCCCUCAAGUGGCGAGGGGCGUGGCUCAGAGAGCGGAGAGGUUCGCCGCCAGCAGCCGUACAGCUUUGUGCGGCUCCUGUAACAACAUCAUCAGGGGCCCCUUCCUCUCGGCCCUCGGCCGCUCCUGGCACCCGGAGGAGUUCAACUGUCACUACUGCCACAUGUCUCUGGCUGACGUCAGCUUCGUGGAGGAACAGAACAGCGUUUACUGCGAGAACUGCUACGAGGAGUUCUUCGCCCCGACCUGCGCUCGCUGCAACACCAAGGUCAUGGGGGAAGUGAUGCACGCCCUGCGGCAGACGUGGCACACCACCUGCUUCGUGUGCGCGGCCUGCGGUAAACCCUUCGGCAACAGCCUCUUCCACAUGGAGGACGGGGAGCCGUACUGCGAGAAAGAUUAUAUUUCACUCUUCAGCACUAAGUGUCAUGGCUGUGACUUCCCAGUUGAAGCCGGGGAUAAGUUCAUCGAGGCUCUGGGUCACACCUGGCACGACACCUGCUUCGUCUGUGCGGUUUGCCACGUGAACCUGGAGGGUCAACCUUUCUACUCAAAGAAAGACAAACCUCUGUGCAAGAAGCACGCUCAUGCCAUCAACGUGUAGACGCAGCAGCGACCGGUGGAUCUGCCGCCUAACUGCGGCACUGCAACACAAGACGACAACACAAGACGACAACUUUUUCAGAUGUGUGUAAAUCACUCUUUAUGCAAAACUACACUUUGGUUUGAGACUCUCAUUUUCUGUGCAUUAAUAUUCAAUCUGCUUCAAAAACAGGAACUCAUGAAAGAACAAGGUGUGGAUGUUUUCUCUUGUUCAUCCAACUGAUUCUAUAAUUUACUCUAGUUUUAUUUGUAUGAUGUUUUCUAGCAGAGAAUGGCUGGUGUUUGAAUAUGGAGUGUUGGGUGUGCCAAUUGAAAUUACUGUAGAUUUUUUUCUGUACUUAAUCAUAAUAAAAUAAGAUACCAAUAAAUAUUAAACAUAUAUUAUAUUUAUACUCCCUACUUAAUAAAUAAUGCAUUUAAAUAAAUACAAUUAUAAUAUCAUAAAUUUCAGAUUCAAAACAACUGAACUAAUGAAACAUUUUGUAAAAGAUUUAUAAUUGAACACAGAAAAAAAUACAAUUAUGAUAUAAUACUAAUAAUUAUUAGACCUUUAUUUAUGAAGCACCUUUCAAAACAGCUGUUACAACAUGAAGAGAACAAAUUAGAACAGAACAUCACGGACAUGAAGCAGAUGUCAUAAAAUCUCCACAGUUUCAACUGCAGAACAUUUUUCUCAUCAUAUCUUUGACGUUUCUUUGCUGAUGUGCCUUUUUUUUAUCAUUUGAAAAAAAUCUAUAUCAUGAAUAUUUGGUUCAGCCCUGCGAUUUAAAACCAGAGUCUGUUUGUGUAGAUACUAAAAUAUAAAAGUGUUUUUAUCUUUCUGUUGUGUUUUUUUUUUGCUUUUAAAGAAAACAUGUUUGCCUCAGCUCUCAGUCGUGGCCCCGGUGUGAUGUGGUCCGACUGCAGCUGUGAGUCGGUGACACGUGGAAAAGCCUUGAAUCUGAACCGGCUCUGACAUGUUGGUGGAAGUGAGAGUGACAGUGAAUGUAACCCAGAUGGUUUGAACCUGCUGAGUUGAGGCGGCUGCCGAGCGUUGACCGGGUCUGAGGACCUGACGUGCAGCUACUAACCUUGUUGGCUUCACGUGCAGUAGCAGGAGUUUUGGUGCAACAAAUAACUUUGAAUUUAAUAUUUAUUGACCGUGUGAUAUUUAUUGAGAAGCUAAUAUAUCGUCACUGCUGCGCUCGGUGCUCAUCUGAUUAUUAGUGGUUUAAUCCGCAUAUUUGUUUUUCUUGAAUGUCCGGUAUCACAAGGUGCAUUUUGAUGAUGGAAUUAUUUCGUAAUGACACUGUAAAUGUUCUCAAACUGUCGGAGCUUGAAUUUUCAUUACGAUGGCGUUUUCACCACAAAGCCACUGAAUGGCUCAGUUCACACUGGAAACUUUUAGACCAUCUUGUUUUAAUAAUAUGACUUAUUCUCUUUAUGUCACACACAAAAUAUCUAUACAAAUAUUAUGUAUUUCUGAGCUUUUACAUAAGUUACAGUUCCCAUAUGAAUACAAGGCACAAGUGAACAGCUAUAGUGAAUUUCUGUCGUCUGUAGUAGAAUUUAAAUUAAAUAUCACUUCAAGCCUAACUCUGGCUAGCUUGCAUUACCACUAGUCACCACAGGUGUCAGUAAAACAUAAUUGCCUUGUAUUUGUUUCCAAUUAACUUCAAUAUGCGUUCAGACAUUUCCCAGGAAGUGAAGCCAAAACAUAUUGAUCGCCCCCUGGUGGCUGGCUCUCGUAGCGAUCAUAAACUUUAUCCAAAGAUGAUUCCUGUCAUUUAAAGUUGUUCCAUUCACACUGAAAUUUGAGAGGUCACCAGCACAAAAGGGAGCGUUGCCCAUUGAUAGAACAUUUUAAUUCAAUUUUUUGUCAUAAUCCAUACAGUCGUCGAGGCAGCAUCUAGUGGCCCUAAGAGGAACUGCACCUAAACAAAUCAAUAAGAAGCACUUGUCAGAUCCUGUGUUUAAUCGUGCUGUAAAUAAAAAUGCUGAAUCUUGUUUCCUGGUUUCUACAGUUUGCAGUGUGAACACAGCCUCAGCUUCACUGAUGAGUUCAAAGGAUUUUUGACACAAGUUUCUUUGGGGUAUUGUUAAGUGUCCACACACUGACAGCAGAGUUCUGUGCCUUAACACCAUCUGUGAUCUGCUUGUGUGUGACUGACACGUGCACUCGGCCUGGUCUGAUGAGCCUGUGUACAGUUUUUACUUUGAAUAUUUUAUACAGUAAGUGUGUGUGUGUGUGAGAGUGUGUGUGUUUUUCAGAGAGUGAAUGUGUGCAUGCAAAACAGUGUGUCACAGUUUGUCACAGCACGUGGACCGAGGCAACGUCAGUAUUAGUUUGUGUUUGUGUCACUGCGUCGUGAAGACUGAAGCUCUGACGCCACAGUUUAACUUUGUAUUAGCGAGUGUUUGAAUUGGUUUUAGUGUCGAUGAGCUGAAACUGUUUCGAUGUCACAUCUCACGAUUGAAGAAAUGUUGGAAAGAAGCUGACGUCACAUUGAGACUCUCCUCGAUGCUGGAGGUGAAGCUGCUUUGCUACAUUUCAUCAACAGGUUUUGAAUAUUUCAAUAAUUUUUGUGUUGCAAGUUGAAUAAACUGAACUUUAAACACUUGAAAACAUU